UCUGUCGGCUCCAGUCCGGCCUCCUCCACCCACACUCAGCCCAGUGGGGCCUGGGGUGUUUCCACCGCAGCUUUCUAGGGCUUUAAAUCCCAGCGGCAAACUUCUGGGGAAUAAGGAGGGUUGGAAGGGGCCUGUGCCUUCUCUACUUGGGGACUGAGCUGGACCUGGUGGUGAUUCGGAAGCUGCUUGGGCUCUUACCAUGGCCCCCGAGAGGGGCUGAUACUGUAGUUCCCGGUGCAGGUGAGGUCCCGCCCCAAGGAAGAAGGAAGAAGGCACGGGCAGGGGACCAGGAGGCGGAGGAGGCCUCUAAGCUGGGGACGGAGGGGGUCCCAGUGGAAGCCCGAGUCGAGGCAGUGGACCUGGCCGGCUCAGGAAGGACCGCGAGAUGCCGGUGCUGAAGCAGCUGGGCCCCACGCAGCCCAAGAAGCGGCCAGAUCGAGGCGCCCUGUCCAUCUCGGCGCCACUAGGCGACUUUCGACACACGUUGCACGUGGGGCGCGGGGGCGACGCCUUCGGGGAUACCUCCUUCCUGAGCCUCCAUGGCGGCGGGCCGCCCCCCGAGCCCCGGGCGUCACCUGCAGGCGCCCCUCGCACAGCAGCGCCGCCCGCCGUCCCGCAGCCCACAGCGCCCGUCCUCAGCGCACCGGCGCCCGCUGACCCUCUGUUGUCCUUCCAUCUGGAUUUGGGCCCCUCCAUGCUAGAUGCGGUACUAGGCGUCAUGGACGCAGCGCGUCCAGUGGCUGCAGCCGCCAAGCCCGAUGUGGCCCCCCACUCCGGGACGCGGCACCCCAGGGCCCGCUGCUGCCCCAACGCGGACCUCGAGUUGGACGACGUCAUCGGCCUUUAAGCGCCCCGAAUCCUUGCACCCUCCUCUCCCCGCAUCCCAGUUCUGUAUACAUAAAUGGCUAAGAUUUGUACCCGGGGCACUGACUGCACACUUCGCACUGGGGGGCUGGGUAACGGGGAGGGUAAUAUUAAGUCCCGACUCCUUAGAGACGCAGAUGUGUCACCUGAAGUUAGGUCCAGGUUGGAUGAUUGCCUUAGAGUGGGUUGCGUCUCCUUUAAGAGAGUCUACAGGCGUGGCCAUCUGUUGCUCCACCCAGAGAGCGAGCUCAAGACUUGGCCGCUGCCUUGGGCUCUUUCACUCUUACUGAGCACCGUAGGCCUGCUGCUAGGCGUGGUACUCCCUGCCGCAUCACCUCCAACGGGGCGAGGCAGAGCCGGCUGAGGGCUGUGGCCCGGCGAGCUUCAGCCUCCUGGUCCUUCGCAUCUUAGGAGGACAUCGCCUUUUACUACUGGAAGAACGGCAGAAGGAAGUGGCUGGGAACACUUUCAGAUCCUCAAGGGUGGUGACCCCCUUGGGGUAUUCGCGUCUUGUACCCCAAAAGUGUGUCGGCCGGAGGGAGGGAGGGAAGAGACCCCAUCCCAAGUCUGGACUACUAAAUUCAGUCUGCGCGCCUAAGUGUCCAGGCUCUUUAAGGCUUCCGGAGGGUCAGGGCCACAGAUGUAAAUUACUUGGCCUGGAGGCGGGGUCCUAUUAAGAUCCCCCACAGGGGAGGAAGCACCCUAGGACAUCUUUUGGUAUAGGGGAGGGGCCAGACUUCCUCGCAGUUCGGGCGACAAGGACGGCCGCACAGGGGAUGGAGAUGCGGCGUUGAUUCCUGGCACCGUAGGAGGGCGCUGCCGGGAGGUCCGGGGCGGAGGUGUCAGGCCCUCCACCUGAGUCAGGCAGGACAGUCCUCUCGAGUACCGGAGGGUGGGGGCUCAGGAGCGCGGGUCGCUGACCACAACGUCGGGUUAAGACGUUGUCCCGGCAAGGCUGCCCUCGACGCAGGUGGCCUCAUCUGCGCAGCCACGGCGGCGACUAUAGAGCCAGAGCUGCCACUGGAAGCCUCAGCCCUGGAGCCCACGUCCCCUCCGACCUGCUGUUGCUUCCGCGAGGGCCACAGCCACUUUUGCACCCACUGCCGCCAACCCUCCGGGCGCAAGCGCCGUUUAGCCGCGGGUAGCAGGCUCAGGCCAGGGUCAAACAGCCGCAGCAGGCACCCGCGCCUCGACCCCGCCUUCUCGAUGGGCCAAUAAGGCCGCUUCUUGGACGUCUACGAGUCGCCUUUCAAUGCCUUCAGCUACAAGCUGCCCACCCAGCCACAGCACCACGCGCAGCCGCACCUCACUCCCACCUGCCUUCAGCUCAGGUUUGGCAACCGAGCACCAGCCUGCAUGCGUUGAAUGGAGGAGCACGGAGUCAAAGGCAUGAGAGGGCCUGGGCUGCUCCUGAGAAUGGAGCAGAAAAAGCUGGUCUGGCUAAGCCGCAAGGGGGCCGGGCUAGCUGCCAGUUUGGUAACACCAGCCCCUAAGAGGGCACUUCACAAGAGAAAGGACGAGACACUAAAGCCAACAGUGGCUGUCAACACCACGAAGCUGCUGGGCAGGCAGCAGCGGGGUGGGGUUCUGGACCUGAGCAGAGCACGAAGGGCCAUUCGGGCCAGUGCUGUGUACUCUGCCCACACCUGCCUCCUACACUGCGUGGUCCCCGUGGCGGUCAACUCUGGGCUAUAGGCUUAAGUUGCCAAAGUGCAGGAACACCUGGUGCUCACAGUCCCUGCACUUGAUGCUGGGCCCGCUGUGGCUGUUAAGCCCUAGAAAGACCACAGUGCACUUGGGCCUGAGACCAGCCCUCUUGGUCCCAAGGCUUCAAGGAUCCCCCAGCUGAGGUUCCAGGAUCUGGUACUCCUGGGCCACCAAGUGCUUUGUCCCUAGCACCAGGAAACAUGGCAAAAGUGCUCUUCUUGGAGGGUCAGAGGCUGAAGGCCAAGGGGUUGCGUGUGCUACAGCUACCACCCCCUGCCAACCCCAACCCCGGCAGUGCCUCCUGGAGUCCUCCUCCCUAAGGCUGGGUACAGCCUGAGUCUGGAAGUGGGGAACCAGCCCUUGGGGGGAGAGUAGAGGGUGCUCCUACUAGCCCCUGCCUGAGACAUCCUGCAGUAACAUUCCCAGAGUUCCAAUGAGACAAACUGGAUCCAAACACCCUCAGGACCAACCACAGUCCAAGCAGGAGCAAGCUCAUGCUCUCUCUCUCUCUCUUUAAUUUUGGUUUCUCUCAAGCUUCCAAAUGGUGCUCAGUGCUCCAAAGAAAGAAUGAAGGAAGGGGGGGAGGAGAAGAGGGCGGAGGGAGGCAGAGGAAAAACAUCUGGAAAAAAAGCAGCCCGACAGUCCAGCUGUUUGCAAACUCAGCACAUCCUCCAGUUACAUGGCAGAAGAGGGAGGGAGGGCCAAAAAGAAAAGGGGGAGGAAAAAGAAAAAUAACUGAAAUAAACACACACAAAAAGAAAAGAGAAGAACAUGAAGUGAGCUGGUGAUCCAUGAAGGUGGAGAGGGAGGGUGACCGUUUUACCUGUGUUGAACCGAGGGAGGAACAGGAAGCAGGAAGAGGAGGGACGGAAAGGG